UAGUGGUAGUGGUUGUUGGGCCGGUCAGUUGUGGUUCCCGUUGUGGACUGGUGGAGACGAGAGGUAAACGUGCGGCGACGGUGGCGGCAGGUUGACGAACGCCUUACAAUCGGUUCGUCGGUCUGGUUUUGUUGUUCGGUUAAACGUUCCUUUAACGUAUAUUAUAUUGUAACGUAAGCAGUUCGGCAAUCCGUGCCUAUCGUUGAAUUUAUUUAUUUUAUACCGUUUUAUUCGUUUUCUGAUUUCAAUAAUCGUGUGAGUGGGCGCAAAAGAAACUGUGAAAAAAGGUUCUUCGUCUCCACGGCAUACAAGGAGUACCGGAAUUCGGCUACUGGAGAGUCUUCGUUUUCAUGGAAGUAGUUCAGUCGCAGCGGUCGGACAACGACCGAAUUUGAAUCGAAGUACAGAAGUGAGACCGAAAAAAUUCUCACGGUAAAGGUAAUACGAUAGUAUGGCUAGUGGUGAAUUAGAAGUAUUGCGAUGUGAAUCCAGUUUAUGGUCUGGGCACUGUUGCGCCCGAUGUCGGGCCGAAUUGGGCCGAAUAAUCAAUAGAGGGGCCAAUUGCCGUGCUUGCCGUGAACGGAUAUGCAUGUCUUGCAGGGAAUAUUCAACUGCCACACAUGCUCCCGAAUGGCUAUGUAUUCGGUGUCAUAAAGAAAAAAUUGAAUCAUUGGAGCCGGCGAAAGAAUGGAUCGUUGAUUUUUGGACACCAGAAACCAUGAAAUAUCCGAAAAACGAAACUAAACUCGGCAGGUCCCUAACGUUUAAAGACUCGUCUCCGUGGUUGGCCGUCAGAGGGUCACCCGAACUGCGAGCCUACAGCAGCAUGCCACGGGGUAGCGUACCGUGGCCGCAGCGCGCCGGUAGCAGCGGCGGCACAGUCGGAGCGGCCACACGCGUCGGACGACCCGCACAAGCCGCCGCCGGAACGACAAACCCCGACGUUCGUCCGAUGCCGCGGCAGCCAGCUGUGGAAGUUAACACCGUCCAUCUGGUGGACACUUGUGGCCACGUCAUCGACAUGCAAACGGUCUCUGAGUCGACGGAGACAGCCAUCGCCGGUGCCUCCACGCUGAAGACUUCGGGUGACGUCGACCACCCCAACGGUGACGAAUCCGAAGACUUCCGCCGUAAGCAAGUGGCCACCGCUCUAACCAGAGUACAAGAAGAUCUCAAACAUAUUCCGCCCGUAUUUUAUUUUGCAGGAGUAACGCCACCUCGAAGUCGACGUUUUCUCCGUCGGGAUCCUUUCCUACACGAAGACAUCCUUGGUGGUAGCCGGAUCAAAGAUGAUUACCGGCUGGUCUUUCUGAACGGGGCUGACUGGUCGUCGGACGAUGGCGGCUGUGGUCGACAAACGUCAUCCAGCUUGUCAGCCGAUGAUGAUUGUGACUGGGAUUAUUUUAUGGCUGGCCUGGACGACGACAACGACCAGACGCGACCGCCGGAACAAACGCAACAACAGUCGGCAGGUGGCGCAGGUACCGGUAACGGCGACCAGUUAACCGGCAGUAGUGGUGGCAGUAAACCGAGCGAGACCGACGCGCGCGCAACAACGACGACGACGUUCGUUCCGGUCGUGUUGCCGUUCCCCGUGUUCGUGCCAGUGCCGAUUGUGAUACCACCGGAGCGCGCGCAAUACACGCUCACCACUGCGUUCGCAAACGUUUUAACUGAAUAUUUCCGUGAACGGGAUGCCGUAAGUGGUGCAGAGGUGAAAAAUGUGAACGACAAUAGGGGCGCCGGUGGUGUCGUCGCGAAAAUGCCGGAACCGCCCGCGGCCACCGUCGACGAAAGCGGUGGUGCUGUGCUCACAAUGUACGCGACCCAUGCGUCGAAUCUCGACUCAAAAUCAUCGUCAUCACCGGCCGUAUCGUGCGGUGAUGAAGACCGUGAUGGCGAGGUUGGAUAUUAUUCGUCAUCUUCGUCGCCAUCUCCGUCGCCGUCCGACGAUUCAGACGAUUCGGACGCGCAGAACGUCGCCAUGUCGUACGACGUCAACGAUAGUCCGGAUGACGACGACGAUGAAGACGAAGAUGAUGGUUGCAACGUGAAGCUGUCCAGCAUUUUGGAUUCGGCAGCCGUUACAGCAGUUAAAUCUUCCACCGGAAAUAGCAGCGCCUCUGACGAAUUUUCCGGCACUGAGUCCAUGGAACAGAUAUCCGUUGAUGAGUCUUCCGCCGCCGCUGGGUUGAGCGGCAAGUUUACUAGUCUAAUAAUGAUAACACGGGACGACAAACCGGCCGUGAACGUGGUGACCAAUGAUACUACAAAAAUAAUGCCCACGGUUAUCCAAGACGAAGGGUUCAAACUCACUCUGGACACGUCCGAACCGGCUGACGACAGUGAAGUUAAGGUCGUUACUGGUGGUGACACGUUGUCAGCUGUCAUUGCGCUAGAAGAAGGUUUGGCCGACGAUGAUUCUUGGGUAGAAGACUUAGAUAGGGAUGAUUUCAAAAUUGAAUCUUCUGAAGGCGAAGAGAUGUCGUUUGAGGAAGAACCUGAAUUUAGAAGAUCAGCAUUAGACUUUACAUUGCACACUAUCGUGGAGGAGAGCUGCGAAGAAAGCGAAGUGGAAUCUGACCGAAAUAACCAGACAGAAUUGGAAAAAUAUUUUUUCUUCGGUCUUUGCGAUAAAGAUCAAGACGCUAGUAAAAAUACUGAUGCAUUUUCUGAAACAAGUUCUAUCAUAAGCGAAGGCUUCGAGUCUUUGGACAGCAUCGAGCCACAACCAGUAGUAUCUGAAAUGGCUGGCUCUAGACUGGAACGAUAUUUCUUAAGCGAAUUUAUGGGCUUUGAUCGACCAGACUCUGAUGGUAGUGUUGGCAGUGACAGUCCAGAACACAGUCCUGAACAACGAAGAAAGAGAUUAGUCAGAGCUAGAGGAACUGGGCGUCAACAUUCGUCACUGGAUAAUCUUACAGAAUCUGAACAACAAGUAGAGAUACAAUUGGAUUACGAAGACUCGUCUACAAGUUCAGAUUCUAACGACGAAUCUGUAUCGUUUGAAAAAAGUGAUGGUCAAUUUGAUACUGUAAAAAGAGGCAAGAAGAAGAAAAGAUCGGUUGUAACUGCUCCGCCUUUGGAAGCAUUAGAAACCGGAGAAAACGCAGAAAAUAUUAAUAUUGGAGACGAUGUGGUAGAUAAAAACUCAGAUAGUGCUGAUAUGCCAGAAGAAAAAAUAACAGUUUCAAUGACGGAAAACGAUCAAAAACCAAAUUCCACAGAGGGUCUAACCAGAACCGAUAGCUUUAAUUAUUGGAGUUCGGAUGAAGAAACAAAUUUAAUGAUGUCUAAAAUGAGAGCGUUUUUCAAGACAAUGUUGGCAAACCAACCAAAACCAGAAGUGCCAGGAGAAAAAAGUAAGCCACCACAAUUAGUAAAAUUUGAGUCUGAAUUGACCAGACUGAUGAAAACUGUACCGGGAAUUAGAGACGAACAGGUGAAAGAAAUCGUCGAAUAUUUAAGUAGUGAGGACACGUGGAGCGAUUCUUACGAUUCAUCGGACUACACAAGUUCUGAUUUGGAGACCGGCUCUAGGCUACAAGAUGAAAACCGAGACACUGCAUUCGUCUAUCAGAAACUCAUGGCUUCGUUGCGGAAAAUCGAAGUGCCCAGUUCCGAUUCGUCGGUUUCCAGAAAUUCACCACCACUCGUUACUAAAGUGAUGCAACAUAUUGGAAGCAGACUCGUAGCGCUGAUGCAUGCGGUUUCCGAAAAUCCUGGUACUCCACGGGCGUCCAGAUAUCACAGACGAUCUCAUCAUCACCACAAAACAUCGAUAAUUUCCACUACCACGGAGGAAGAGGAUGAAGGCGAUGACGAACAGUUUAAUAGCCCGCUGCCCAGGUCCAAGUCACACGAUCCGUUGUUGGAAGAAGCUCGGCAAGAAGCCAGUGACAAUGAAAGGUUCAGUUGGCGAGGUAGUUUCGAGUCGACGCUUAUGAUGUCGGAUUCACGAACCCGGUUAACGUCAAGUGGCGAGAGUUGCGUGACGCUUGCGGCUAAGAGACGAUCCGCCGGUGACCUAUUGAUAAAGAGUGCCAAUAGUAGUCGGGAACAGUUGGACCGUGUGCGAUCCUGCGGAAGCAUCGGUGGCAGCGUUGAGGACCGAAUUUGGAGAAACGGAAGGAGACGGAGCAGCGUACCCGAUAGUGGCGACUCAGGUGGAGACAGCGAUGACGGCGUGGUGGCCACUGGUCCUAAGUCCACCACAUUACCCAGAAGUCUUCAGCAGCAAGCCAUCGCGUCAUCCUCGAAUACAAACUCACUACCCAGGCUGCCUACUACUGCUGCCGCCGCACCCGCUCCAUCUCCGAGUCCAUUGACUGGCAUAUACAAGGCGCACAGUGUACACCAGUUCAACGUUAAGUCAGCUAGGUACAGGCCACCUGGAUAUAAGAACGUGGCUUCACCGCCGCGCAGGGAAUACAACCGCAGGAGGAUCGCACAGCAUCCAGGACAACAGCAAUCUGCAUCGACGUCUCCAUCCCCGUCUUCUUCAUCAAUAACCAAUUAUAAUUUCCAAUCGCCGCCGACCGGUGCUACGGGUAACGAUAACGACUGCAGGACAACGAUAGCAUGUAGUGGUAUCAGUGGUUCGGAACCUUUAGCUAAUUCAGCGUUUUGCUCAAAACCCGAAGACGAGAUGGAAAAAUUGUCGCACAGGAGUAACUCUUCACUGGGAGUAACUAGAAGCGAUUCCAUGGCAUCCGUGUACUCUGGCGCCGGAGAGUGCAGGUACGGCACCGUACCUAUCAGAGGAGAGGUAGAAUUUGGUCUUCAGUACAAUUAUAAAGCAGGACAAUUCGAAAUCAACAUCAAACAUUGUCGUGACUUGGCAGCUGCUGAUCCAAAAAGAAACAGAUCUGACCCCUAUGUAAAAGUGUACCUAUUGCCCGAUAAGUCCAAAGCUGGAAAAAGAAAGACUCGAGUGAAAAAACACACGAUGAACCCGAUAUUUGACGAGGUGCUCAAAUACAGUCUGCCCUUGGAAGAACUCAAUAGCAGAACAUUAUGGUUGAGCGUGUGGCACUCAGACAUGUUUGGACGUAACAACUUCUUGGGCGAAGUUCAACUUCCUCUGGAGAACAAAAUAUUUGAUGAUCCGUCACCUAAGCUCUACCCACUUCAGGAACGAAUAGAACCUUUAGAUGAUAUGUGUGUCAGUAACAAAGGUGAAAUUAUCGUCGGCCUAAAGUGUGUACCACCAGAUCCUAACUCAAAAAAACGUACUAAAGGCACGUUCCUUCUGCUAGUAAAAGAUGCAAAAAACCUUCAAGCGAUUAAGUCUAAUGGCUCAUCAGAUCCGUUUUGUAAAAGUUAUUUAUUACCUGAUAAAGGUCGCAGUUCCAAGCAGAAGACUAACGUGGCCCGAAAGACGUGCAACCCAAACUGGAACCAAACGCUCACAUACCGAGACGUUUCUCCGGACGAAUUGGCUGAGCGGAGUCUGGAACUGACUGUUUGGGACCACGACCGGCUGGGCAGCAAUGAGUUUUUGGGAGGCGUCCGUCUAUCAUUGGGCUCUGGUAUGUGUGACGGUAAAACAGUUGACUGGAUGGAUUCUAAUGAAAAAGAAACUGCCUUGUGGCAAAGGAUGUUGGACAGGCCAAAUUUUUGGGUAGAAGGUUGCCUGACUUUGCGACCGUCCUUGGAGUUAGCGAGCAAAAAUUAAAACUAAUAUCCAUUUAUUUUUUAUAUAUACAUAAAUCAAUUAUUUUAUUCUUCGGACGUAUAUAUAUAUGUCUUCGUAUAUUUUUUUUUUAUUAUUAUUAUUCCGCGAGGUGAUGUAUGUAUAUUAUAUUAGUAUCAUCAUUACUAUAUGAUACAAUAUUAUAGAUAUCCAUCGAUGGAAAUAUUGGUCUUUGAUUGUAUUUUUAUUAUUUAUAAUUUUUUUCUUUUUUAUGUUUUGUUGUUUUUAUAUAAACGCUAAGAAUAUCUGUGAUUUGAAAAUAUUUCGAUCGUGUAACAAACGAAGAAUUUAUAAUAAUUAUAAUAUGUUUCGGUCUUCCAAUCGAAUUUUGUACGCAUCAUAUUAAUAUUACUAUCAUAAUUCAUUAUUAUUAUAUAAUACAUAUUAUGUAAUUUUAAUAUUUACGUGUUUUUACCACGUACACGGAUAAUAUUUGUGCGUUUUAUGUGCAUCUCGUGUUAUUUAUUUUUUGAUAAAUGUGCAGUAUUUUUUUAUUUUA